AUGGCCUCAACAUAUCUUAGCGACGUAACUGAUGAUAUUAAACAAUUAUAUGAAACUAAAGAAGACUAUGAUGCGAUUAUUAUUGCUGGAAAUGAACCAAAUGUUAAAGAAUUUCAAGUCCAUACUUUGAUUCUUCGUAUUAGAUCAUCUUACUUUCGUAGUGCAUUUUCUUCUAAUUGGGCUAUAAGAAAUAAUAAUGGUCAUUUAGUUUUAAAAAAACCUAAUAUUAGUGCAUUAGUCUUCGAAAUUAUCCUUAAGUAUCUUUAUUGUGGAAUUGUGGACUUUCAAAGCCAAAAUAACGAAAUAAUCUUAGAACUUUUAGUUGCUGCAGAUGAACUUGGAAUUCAAAGGCUUAUUAACUCUGUCAAAGAAUUUUUAUCCAAAAAUUGUGGCAAGUUCUUACAACCAGAUCCCAUUAAAAUGCUUGACACGGUUAUCUGUCAUAAUGUAUUCGAUAAUCUUAAAAAUGUUUAUUUAAAGACCUUUAAUGAAAAUUAUAGAGAUUUUUUGCAAAAAGAUCCUAUUAAAUUACUUCAUUUUAUUAUCCGUCGAGAAGAAUUUAGCGAACUUAUAAAACUUUCUUUAGAGAUUAUUUGUGAAAAUCCUAAAUUAAUAUUUAAUUCAAACGAAUUUCAUCAAAUAAUUGGUGAAGAGUUCAUGUGUGAAGUAUGGCCAUCUAGACACCUCCUUCCUGAUAGCCUAAUUGAAGAUAUAUUUCGUUGCUAUUUAGUUUCAAGUGCCGUACCGAAGUAUCAUGCAUUUCCAGUCAGAUGGGGCAAUAUUAAUAUUAUACUAGAUUCAGUUUUAGUUAAUAAAAAGUUUAUAUUUUUAUUAACAAAAUGGAUAGAUAACAAAGCUAUAGAUGACACUAAUCAAAAAGAAUUUCGAUAUAAAUUUAAUCUUCUUUUUCGAAGUAGCAUACAUGGUCUUACGUCUCAAAUAUUUCACCAAAAAUGUGAUAAUAAAGGGGCAACGAUCGUUAUAGCGAAAAUUUCAAAUUCAAAUAUGCUGGUUGGUGGUUAUAAUCCACUUGACUGGAAUGGAAAUGGUAUAUAUAAAGAAACAACAGAUAGUUUCAUAUUUUCAUUUAGUGAUCCCAAUAACCCUCAAAGUGCAAAAUUAGGACGUGUUAAUAAUUAUAGAAAAUAUGCAGUUUAUUGCUAUAUUAGACACGGACCAACUUUUGGAAGUAGUCACGAUUUUAUGCUCCAGAUAACAGUGACAAUUGGCAUUGCUGUAUUAGUCCAACUUCCUCCUACCCUGACGUAG